UUAUAUUUUAAGUUAUUUUAUAACUUGUAUUCUACUAUAUCCACUAUGACUUCACACAUAAAUAUGUUAUGCAAAUGCAAAACUCUGUUACCAAUUUUGUCACAUAACUUGCAUAAAGGACAAUCGGGAAGAAUUGGUGUUAUUGGAGGCUGUGAAGAAUAUACUGGAGCCCCUUAUUAUGCAGCCAUUAGUGCAUUACGUACGGGAGCUGAUCUUGUAUAUGUGUUUUGUUUCAAAUCUGCUGCACCAGUGAUUAAGUCGUUUUCUCCAGAACUUAUUGUUUUACCAUAUUUGGAUAGUCCAGACUGUAUUGAUCUUUUAAAACCUUGGUUAGAAAAACUCCACUCUCUGGUUGUUGGACCAGGACUUGGUAUGAGCUGUAUUGCUCAAGAUGCUGUUAGGCGUAUCUUUGAACACAUUAGUAGAGAAUCAAAUUUUAACAAUAAAAGAAUGCCCAUAAUUGCUGAUGCAGAUUCUCUUAAUGUAAUAGAACCAGAAACAUUUCGGAACUAUAAUGGUUGCAUUUAUCUUACUCCAAAUGUUCACGAAUUGACCAAACUAUCUAGUAGACUGAUAGGACGUCAAACUUAUGAACCAACGGUGACUGAUGUUCAGGCUCUAAUUAAUAAAUUAGGAGGUAAUUUUGUUAUUGUAUUGAAAGGAGCUGAAGAUGUAAUAGCAAAUAAAAGAGGAACUUUAGUUUGUAAUGAACAAGGUUCGAAUAGACGAUGUGGUGGCCAAGGAGAUAUAUUAGCCGGAAGUAUGGGUACUUUUGCUUAUUGGGCUUCCAAACAAACCCACUAUUGUGACGAAUUGGAUCCAGAAGUGCUUGCUGCUUAUGCAGCUAGUGCACUUACUAGACAUACAAACAAAAUUGCAUUUCAAGCAAAGGGACAAAAUAUGAUUACUACAGAUAUUGUUGAUUUAUUACCAAAUGCAUUUCAAAAUCUAUUUGGCAAUUAAAACAAUUUUUGUUCGCAUUUCA